AUGGCCCCGCGGCAGGAGAGCUGCUGCACGCGCUGCCUCACGUUCCUAAUAACCAUAGGCCUCACGGCGCUGUUCCUGUGGUUGAGUAUGCGCGUGGACGAACCCCGAUUCUACCUCGACAGAAUUUACGUUCCUGCCCUCAACAAAACCCUAAAGCCCUCUCCCGAAAACACCACCAUCCUCUUCGACCUCGAACUCGUCAACAGGAACAAGGACAGCGGAAUCCGAUACGACGAAGUUCACCUCUCGUUCAAGGUCUUCGUCAGCGUCAACGCCACGCGCCCCCUGGCGAACGCCACUGUGGAGGGCUUCUACCAGGGCCACAAGAAGAACGCCCUCAAGCACGGCUCACUCAACGGCGGCCGUAACCUCACCACGGCGGUUGCUGGGAAGGUGGUGUACCGCGUGGACUUCACCACGUCGGUGAAGUACAAGAUUGUUUGGUGGUACACGAAACGGCACCCUCUGUGGGGAGGGGCAAAUGUGGAAAUGAACGAUUCCGGGUUAAAAGUGUAUGGAAAACCCGUCAGGCUUGGCGGUAAAAUCCCGGAGGUGAUCCAGUCCGGCGCACCCGAACUCCGUGGAUGCUAUCCUGCGCUUCUCACUUUUUGUGUUCCUGCUUUUGUUCUUCUGCUUAAUGUUCGUGGGCUUAGUUGA